UCCCCAAUUUCCUCCGAACCGACCAGCGGACCGAGCACGAAUCGAACAGCGCGCCGCCGCCGCCGCUCCCUCCCCACCUCCAUUUCCUUUCCCCUCACCGGUGCCACCACCAGCAUCCUCCGCAGUCUCCCUGCCGUUCGCUGCCCCGACCGAUCCGGCCGUGCGAAACGCGGGAGGAAUUGGCUUCGGAGGCAGGGCAGACGAGACGGGACGGGAUGUUCUCCGGCGACUGGACGCCGCCGUGCGGGAGCUGCUGCACCAAGAAGUACGCGAGCCUAGUGCAGAUCCCAUGGCGGGUGUUCUGCAAGAAGGGGUGCAACGCGGACGGCGACACCUGGGACGAGUGCAUAGGUAAAUGCACUGAAAUCUGCUAUAAAGAUCCGGUGUUGGAAGAUCGCCAAUGGAGUGCUUACAUUGAUCGAUCUCCAGGGCAGGAUAGUUACUCUUUGGAGUGCUUCAAUGCUUGUGUUUCUGGUUGUGGAUUCAGGUUUGACAUCCCAGCGGAGAAGGUCGAAGAGAUCAAGCCAAAUAGGCCGUCCAAGCCGCCACCUCCUGAAGUGAAACGGACUACGAAUCCAGAUUCCACCGUGAGCCGUGAAGACGUGCCCUGCACAUCAGCUUAGACAAUUAGAUUGACGUGUCACCAAAUUUUGUAAAACGGAUGUGUUUCUCCACUUUCUUUUCCUCCUUGAAAAACGUAUGAGAAGUACUAUUUGCAAUUGGUAAAUUUAGAAUGAACAAUUUAUGGCACAAGCGGCGGGAGAUGGUUGGGACU